GAGCAUCUAAAGGCCUUCGAUGAUGAAAUCAAUGCCUUUUUGGACAAUAUGUUUGGACCGCGAGAUGCCCGAGUCAGAGGGUGGUUCAUGUUGGACUCUUACCUUCCUACCUUUCUUCUAACUGUCACAUACCUGCUUUCAAUAUGGCUGGGCAACAAAUAUAUGAAGAACAGACCUGCUCUUUCUCUCAGGGGAACCCUCACCUUGUAUAACCUCGGAAUCACACUUCUCUCUGCAUAUAUGCUGGUAGAGCUCAUUCUGUCCAGCUGGGGAGGAGGCUACAACUUACAGUGUCAGAACCUUGACAGUGCAGGAGACGCCGAUGUCCGGGUAGCCAGAGUGUUAUGGUGGUACUACUUCUCCAAACUGGUGGAAUUCUUAGACACAAUUUUCUUCGUUCUACGAAAAAAGACGAGUCAGAUUACCUUUCUCCAUGUCUACCAUCACGCCUCCAUGUUUAACAUCUGGUGGUGCGUUCUCAACUGGAUUCCCUGUGGACAAAGUUUUUUUGGACCAACGCUGAACAGUUUUAUCCACAUCCUUAUGUACUCCUAUUAUGGACUCUCAGUGUUCCCGUCGAUGCACAAGUACCUCUGGUGGAAGAAAUACCUCACACAGGCUCAGCUGGUGCAGUUCCUGCUCACCAUCACGCACACGCUGAGCGCUGUCGUGAAGCCCUGUGGCUUCCCCUUCGGCUGCCUUAUCUUCCAGUCUUCCUACAUGAUGACCCUGGUCAUCCUGUUUUUAAACUUUUACUUCCAGACAUACCGGAAAAAGCCAGUGAAGAAAGAGACAAAAGAGCCACGUGCAGAGAAAGAAGUCAGGAACGGUCUUUCCAAAGCCUACUUCCCUGCAGCGAAUGGAGUGAUGAACAGGAAAACACAAUAAAAAUAGAGUAAUGGGAAAAGCAGACACGUUGCACUAGCCUGGCAGAUUCGCUUGUUUUAAAGCAAAGACUAAAUUGAAAGUUGUUAUGUUUUAGCAUAAACUAAUUUCUUUUUGCGUUAUAAAUCAUUUGUACUCAGAAUGUACUACUGUAUUGCCAUUAGGUUACUCUGUUAACUGAAUGCUUUGGUCAGCACUGAGUGAGGCUGGACUCUGAAGACCUCAGAACGAGUGCAUCUUUCCCUCCCACCUUCCCACCCUCCCACAGAGGCGCCCGCCCGGAAACCGACUCUGUGGAGCCCUACACGCAUGCGCAGCCAGGAACACGGGGCACUGCUUUUCAUGGGAGGUCUCCAGAUCCUCAGACUAAACUGUGUACCACAAAAUGUUAAUGAGAUUGUAAAUACAGGCUAUGUUCUAGUCUACAUUAAGCAAUAAUUAUGGGUGCAUAAUAUUGCUUUUGUUUCUAAGCAAUAUUAGAAUCAACCCUAGAAAAUAUUUAAAUGGGAUCAUAAAUAGAAGACAAGUCUAGCAAAAUCUCUCUCCUUCAAGUCAGUCUUGUUAGAUUUGCAAAACCACUUCUAAUUCUACACUUAGUGAUACUGUACUAAAAUUUUAGGUAUUCUAAGAAGAAAAAAAUUUCUGCCAAAUCCUCAUAACUCAGGGGCUUUGGAUAGGAGUCAUUCCUUGGUUUUAAUUUGAUCUCCUUAAUUAUUCAUCCAUUCCUGCCUACCUCCCAUGAUAGUGAGCCUAGGUUAAUAAAGACGUUCUUUAUACUAAAACCUGUGUUGCUAUCUGGCUGCCCAUUAAGGACCACAGUCCAAUAAUCCCUUUCCUUUAGGAUGUACAUGCCACUGGAAUAUUAGAAAUAAGAUUAACAGCAGUGUGGACAAGAUAAACGCUGGAUUUGUCAACCGUUUCUUGUGACCCCACUAAUGAAUAUUAUCCCAAACACUUGCUAUCAGUCUCUGCAGCUUAGUUUUUGAAGAGAAAAAGAUGUACUUUGGAAAGAUUUCGACCCUGAGCCACGGGCAGGUUAUGAACCACAGUGAAAAUGCCUCUCCCUGCUCAGAACUGUGAUCUCUGCAGAGAACCCAGCACAGCCUGGGGAUAGCAUUGGUGAGUGUUCCCUUUCUCCCCAGUGUUGGGCCAUUCCUUAUUGUUAAACCGUACUGACAAUAAAAACAAGUAUUUUCUAAAGAUUACACCAUAUAAAACAAGAUUUGCCAACUUUGACACUUUUUAUCUCAUUUUUUUAAAAUAUAAGUUUUUAUGUGUGAAAUUAACAUCAAAUGUGUGAGCACUGGAAAGGCACUUUUACCAUUUCCGUAAGAACAGUGCCUUUCUACCCCUUUUUUAACCACCCAUUUCAACUCUGGUUUUAAAUUUUCACCGUUGAGAGGGUGACUUUUUAAACUUUUACUUCAUAUAAACUACCCUUUCUCAGGACUCUGGCAUGUAUUUUGAAGGUGACUAAACUUAGAAGUCUUCAGGGUAAAUGCACUGUGCCCUGCGACUCACUUGUACUAGCUGAUUGUUUCUGUUGAGCAGAGCUCUUCCUGACUGGUACCCACAUUUGUCUUCUGAAUGGUUUUCUAAAAUUGACCUGCCCUAGGUGCUUAUCAUCACCUGCUUCUCUUAUCAUUUACAACUAUACCUGUACUUUUCCAGGAACUGAUUUUGAAACUAGGGCUAGCUUUGACCAUAUUACACUUCUAUGACAGGACCCAGAUCAGACAGAGAAAGUCCCUUUGCGAAAAAGGACUCGAGUCCCGUUUUCUUUCUCAAACACAAAGCCAAAAUGUGUUACCGAAGUGCAUUCUGGGUAAAAACGAGACUCAGAGGAGACCCACAUCAUUGGUCAUUGUAUUCAGCCUAUUUUUCAUUGCCUGUGAGACCCCACAAUCUCACCACACAUCAUACCUGCAGCUUGGGGUGUUUCCAUGGGCUUCACGUCUAUGUGGCACAGAAACCUUCAGCCAACUGACAGUCACGCAGCUGUCAGUACCGGGCAGCUUCAAACCACUCGGAUCCAAGUGAAAAUCAAUUCUAGUAAAGCGUAAUGAAAACACUUAGAGCCUUAAACCAUCCAAGGGCUGAUAGACACAAGAGCUAUGAGAUCUGAGCCACAGAAACUGAAUCAGGUAAGUAUGUUAACCUGUCAUUAAGUGCUAUAACAUCAAAAAACCAAAAUUUUACUUCUAUUGUGAUUUUCCUGAAGCAGCUGUAAAAAAAAUUGCUAUCUCUGUAAUCUGCUAAAAAUGGAUACUGUCAAUUUCCUCUUACCCCAAGAAUGAAAAUACUUUAAAAGACACUACAAAGUGGGUCAAUAAUUCCCUCAACUUUUAAAACAAAAUGGAUUAUCUGGUGAAUGAGAUUUAACAAAAAUUUUCAAGCCAUCAAACAUAUAUUGAACUAGUUAGGUAUACUGAUGAAUAAAGUUCUCCCCACCCCCUCAGAAAAAUAUUUACUUUUAGGGGAAAAUUGUAUUUACUGUGAUGAGCAGAGCAGCAUUUUAUGUGUAAGUACCAUUCUAGUUCUUCCCAGUAUUUCCACAUCAUUUUGAAUGUUUAUAGGGGUUGCCUACUUGGAAAGUAAGGAUAUGACCUUUUUGUUUUCUUUUGAAAGUACCUGUAUCAUGACUAGAAUGGACAGGGAGGUAGGAAAAGCCAUUUUUCUUUGUAGAUAAAAAGCAUUCUGUAUGAUUGUUGUAUAAUAAAUUGAUUUUUACACUAAAAACAUGUUAUGAUUUUUAUUAUGGUCCAAAGAAGUUAAAAUAUGUGUCUAUAUGGUGUUCUAAAUGAUCACUCAGGGAGUUUUUUCAAUAAAGCGAUGUUUUAGCAAUUAA